CCGCCGUCAACAGGACACACCCGCGCAAUCAAGGGGAGCUGCUUUUACUAUGCUGCGGGCGGCGGCGUCGAGGCGCGCCCGCGCCGCCAUCCGGCGCCUCUCCUCGGCGGCGGCAUACCCAGCCGCCGUGGGCGCACGGCGUCAGCCUCCUCUUGACGAGGGGGACUGGUCCUACUACCGGGAGUGGUGGGGCGAGGACGAGGGUCCCGGCGAGGGGGCGCACACCGUCUUCCGCCGCCACUCCGAGCACGGCAACGGCGUCGUCUCCGUCUCCGCGUACCCCGCAUCCCUCCCGGCCAAUGACCAGAGGACAAUAAUAGAGAGAUGGCUCCAAGAAAGAAAUGAAAGAAUACACCCAGAUUCAACUGGUACUGACCAAUUCAAAAUACUAGGCUACCAGUGGCGAGUUAUGCGGUUUAACGAUCAUACUCGUCAAAGUGUUGCGAAAGUAAUGGCCUGCUACAGGUCUUUGGGUGACGCUGGAAUAUACUUGAUGCAGCAACCACAUUGUUUGGCUGUUCCUUAUGUUAAGAGUAUGGUGUCUUCGGGGUUGACAGCACUCCCUUCUUGUUCCUACGAUAUCCAUCAAGCAGCUUCUGGGCAGAACAACAUGAAAGUUCUUUGCAUUGGCCAUGGUGGUGGCAGCUUACCAUUGUUUGUGGCUAGCAAAUUCAGAGGUGCUGUCGUUCACAUUGUGGAAAUUGAUCCAGUUGUUGCUUCAGCUUCAAUUGAGUCUAUGGGUUUCCCCUCCUUACCAGUUGAAGGACUACCGGUCGAGUCCACACAACCUGCAGAUGGCAAUGAGCUGUUAUGGGGUGGCAUCCAUGACCGGCUUUUCCUCCAUAUCGCUGACGCUGAAGAUUUUGUUGCCAACGACAGCAAUGUGUACGAUAUAGUCUUCAUCGAUGCAUAUGAUGGUGAUGACAUAUUUCCCCGCAAGCUCUGGGACGCAGAUGGAGCAUUCCUCAAGAACCUAGAGAAGAAAGUCCACCCUGACCAUGGCACCGUGGUGGUGAACCUACACUCUGACUCAGAGCUAUCCGUUGCUGGUGUGGACGACAGCUCCCGUGCCCAGAGCAUACUCCCAUUGGGCAAACACGUCUCCCAGGUCUGCAGGGCGUACAAGCAGCAUUUCGGGCUAGCCUUCACAGCGGCGGUCCCUUGGCUCUGCAACAUCACUCUCGUCGCCUGCCGUGAUAAGGCCAUAGCAGCCGGUGCACGGCUAGGGCUUAGCCGCAGGGACUUUGUUCUUGGCAAGCUCCUGUCGAAAUCGAACAUGGUUGAACACGCGUUGGACCUGCCGUUCCCUUGCCUGCAGUAUAUCAAGAAUUGUUUCACGCUGGUUGAAUGAUACAUCUUGCACCCUUUCUUUUCUCUUGUCAGCUCUAGUGCUCUAACUAAGCUUGUACCAUUUGGUUUCACAAAGUGUGAGAGUAAUCCUUUUGCACUAAUUAAGCCUGUGCAGAGCCCUUGCUGCGUUAGGCGGCAUGAACAUAUGAGUGUAUUAUAGUAUGCCUUUUGACUUGCGGCCACGGAGUCAGGGGCGUGCACGUGGAGGUAGGCUAAACCGGACGCCGCGGUGAUGGUUCCGCUGGACGCCCAUGCCCACGAGGUUCUCGCCGUCGCUAAGCUGACCCUUCGCAAAGAUAAGAUC